AAAAUAUCGCUCCGGUGUUUCCGAUCGGGGGGCUUCAUCUGUUAUUCAUUCAUGAAUCGUCGCCUAAAUCAUCCAUCGGGAAUAAUACCGGCAAAUGAAAGAAAGUGCCCGUUUCUCUGGGGGGAUAAACCAUCCGAAACCGAUCGGCUCUGUCUGCGUGGAAUAGGGAAUGAACGACGAGACAGCAUCGGACAGCUGGAAGAGAAACUCCGGGUGCUCCAGGUGAACAGGCUAAGCUAACACAGCGAUGCGGUCUACCAGUCUGAAUAUGUCACCUAUUUCACCUGUUUACCAUAAUACUACUACUGUGCUGUUGGUUUUCUAUUCAGGCCAACAUUUUCUUUGUUAAACGGUGUGUUUCAGCCACAACAGACGUGACCCAGCCUCCAACUUGAGCUCUCUAUCAUUCAGUAAACCCCAGUGUAAACACGCGUGACCCAUUUUCAGUAAAGGUCCCCACAAGAUCCCUAAUAAUGAACUCUCAGUUUGACGAGGGAAAAGUUCAGAUUUAAGGGAAUAUACUAUGGAGAUUGAAGGUCAUGAUUUAGCAUAAACAAAGAAGUGUUGUGUUUUCAGAUCGGAUAGUUCCAGAUGAGGUGAUCUAAAAAGCCAAAAAGCACCUGUCGAUUCCACAGAACAGCAAAGUCAAAUUGUGUCUCUGUCAGGAAAGAUUUAAAGUCAUUUUCAAGGUUUUGAGUCCUGCGGCUGCAAUUUCAGAUGGUCAUAUUUUGUUUAGGGGUAGCUUGAGGAAUCUCUCUUAUAAUUUUGUCAGCAACAAAUGAAUCAGAUGUAUUAAAGGGAUAUCCCGGCUUAAAAUUAAUUUAGGGUCAAACACACCAUAACACCGAGUUAGACACCUCCUUGAGAGAUGAAUUUUACCGACCACUUGCUUCUCUAGUUAUACCAACUUUAGUAACGACCACAGGAUAGCAACACACAACGGUCUACCUCUCCAUGCACAAUCCUCAACCAAAACGCCACUCUUUAGCCACAAAUAAUGCUCAGAACAGCACCUAACUUCAUCAACAGAACAUAUAGGGUCCCAGCCACGGUACUAGUCAUCAAAUAUCUUUUUAACUUUGCCUGAUUUCUUUAGCAAAGAGACUAAACACAACUCACCUAUUCUCCUCCAGCAGCCGCUUGUUUGUGGGGGAGCCCUGACAAGUCGAUCACUGAGUGCAGCGGAGUUUUGCAGCUCAAGGAAGAACAUUUAUGAUCAUUACUUUAUCAUUUCCUUGCCUUGGCAUCUCGAUUACAUUUCCAUGAAGAAAUGAUUAUAAAUGUUCUUCCUUGAGCUGUGUCACCCCGCUGCAGUCCAUAAUGGAUUGACCUGAGGUCUAGCUACAAACAAGCAGCUGCUAGAAGAGAGUAGGUGAGUUGUGUUUAGUCUCUUUGCUAAAGAAAUUAGGCAAAGCUAAAAUGAUGUUUGGUGGCUAGUGCUAUGGCUGACCCUGUGUGUACUGUUGAUGAAGUUAGGUGCUGUUCUGAGCAUUAUUUGUGGCUACAGACUGGCGUUCUGGUUGAGGUUUGUUUAUGGCAACUAGAGAAGCAAGCGGUCGGCAACAUUCAUCCUCUCGAGGGGGUAUCGAACUCUCUGUUACGGUGUGUUUGACCCUAAAUUAGUUUUACGUCGGAACAUCCCUUUAAAUAGAUCUAAGUGACUUUUAAAAUCGUUAUCAUUGAUUGACUUUGAUCGAACUAAAUGAACAGCAACUCAACAGUCUCCUUACACUGUACUUCUCUGUUUUUUAUAAGUAUUGAGCAAAUGCUGGCUGUGAAUCCCGGAAAGACGCCCAUCAGUCUGCUGCAGGAGUAUGGAACGCGGAUAGGCAAGACCCCAGUGUAUGACCUGCUGAAGGCAGAGGGACAGGCCCACCAGCCUAACUUCACGUUCCGCGUCUCCGUCGGAGAGAUCAGCUGCACCGGCCAAGGGCCCAGCAAGAAGGCAGCCAAGCACAAAGCAGCUGAGGCUGCUCUGAAGAUGCUCAAAGGAGGCUUUGGAGGUCCCGCUGGAGUUGGUGUUGGAGUCGACGGGUUUAUUGGGGUUGACGUGUCUACUGAUGGUGAUGGGUCAGUUUGCUAUUUGCUUUUGUUAUAAAAGACAACACAUCAUCUUAGUAUUCUCUGUGCUUCAACAGCGUGUUAAAGCAUUGAAUUAGUGUGAGAUAAAGGUCUCUGUGGUUUCAUCACUUUAAUGUGUCAUCUGUGCAGGUCCCAGUCAGAGAUGAAGACUUCAGGCAGUUCUCAGCAGUCUGAAUGUAACCCUGUGGGAGCUCUGCAGGUGAAUGAACAGACAAAACUAGGACUGUUUAAGAGUGAUUUUGCUGUAUGGCUGCCUGAAAAUGUGCUCUUCAUAUUCACCAAGUUCUGACCGUUUUGUGUCAGCAAAAUUAUUUGACAACCUUCAUGGAUACAUGCUUUAUUGCUUUGAUACAUAUUUAUUUGUGUUCUUUCCUGCCAGGAGUUGGUGGUGCAGAAAGGAUGGCGGUUGCCAGAGUACACUGUCACCCAGGAGUCUGGUCCUGCACAUCGCAAAGAGUUCACCAUGACCUGCAGAGUGGAGAGAUUUAUGGAAAUUGGUAAAAUUUCUUGUUUUUAUUCUUAGCUCAUAGUGGGAAUUGACUGUUUUGCAGCACACUGGCUCAGCUCAGACUUAUCUUAGUUGUCAACAUUAAGAGCCUUUAGUUGCCUGUAGUUAACUGAAGUUUUAUAAAUAAUCAUGAUCAAUUGUGGUCUAUUACUAACCAGGGGAACUUGUGAAAUGUUUCAUCCUUCCUUUGUCUUUCUAGGAAGUGGAACCUCCAAGAAGCUAGCCAAGAGAAAUGCAGCAGCAAAGAUGUUAUCACGAAUACAUGACGUCCCAGUCGACCUGAGAACGAGCAACGAUGCUGAUACAGAAGAAGAUACAUUUAAUAUGGUGAGAAACUAACAGAGACUCAGGAAGAUCUUUUUCUGUCCUGCACUUCACCAGCUAAAAAGGCCAUGCAAGUGUAUUUGUCAGAAAAUCCACAGAAAAGUCCUACAAUCCUACAUAGCACAGCCUUCAACCUACUGCAUCCUCAAUUCUGUAUUUUAUCAUAUUUUGAUAUCAAAGGAAAUAUGGUUGUGUUGUAGUUGUUUAUGGUUGCCUGCCAUUCUCCACUUCACACAGCACAUGGGGAACAGAGCAGAGUCGGGUAAAAAUAAAGGCUUCAGCUGCACGUGGGAUUCUCUACGUAACUCUGCUGGAGAGAAGAUCCUGCAGCUCCGCAGCCAUCCUCUGGGCAUGCCCUCCGACUCCAACUUCUGCUCCCUGCUGAGUGACCUGUCUGCUGAGCAGCGAUUUGAUGUCAGCUACCUGGAUCUAGGUGAGUGUACAAACUCUUGCAUUCUACUAGAUCAGACCUGGGCAUUUUACGGCAUGAGGGCCACAUCCGGCCCUUUGGUGUCCCUGCCCGGCCCUUCAUGAGGUCCGUCAAUCAAAUCAUCAACAUGCUAUACAAGUGUGUUGCUUUUAUUUUGAAAACCUAGCCGUUGUUUUAUUUCCGUUUGGAUGCACGUGCAUACAUCCUAGAUCUGCAUUUGUGAACAGAGACCAGUUUAAACAUUGGCAAAAUAUACGUGAACGCCUCAUAGUUGCUUGGUCCACUUAUUAUAAAAGACUUUAAGCUUGUUUCUCUCAGAAGUCACUUGUAAAACUCGUGAGUCGCAGGUGCGCUUUUUUUAGGCUUGUUUUUAGGUUUGUUUUAACUAGUAGUUGCUUAUUUGGGUUUGCUUUUCUGUACGUGUGAAUCUCCUCGAUUUUAAGUUGAAGUUAUACACGCAACCAUAGCACUUCAACACGUGAAGCCGACAGCACUGUUGGUGAGAAAAAAAGAAAAUGAGUGCUACCCCCAACAGAAAUGACGAUGAAGGUUCAACAGAUGAUGACAGGGUGGACAACACUGGCAAGAAAAUGUCGGUGAAGUGGAGGUAUUUUUUUUUUUUUUUUGAGGUUGGACAUGAAGCAGAGUAAUGUGCACUGCAAAUUAUGUCGAGUACAUGUUAAAUUACAUUUAAGAGUAACAGGGAAUAUUUACGAUUGACAAGUGAUUUUUUUAAUAUUGUGAUACAUUUCGAUAUCAACUGAUAUGAAAACAAUACAUCGUGAUAAACUUUUUCCCAUAUCGCCCAGCCCUAGUUUAACAUUUUUGUUGGGGAUAUAUAGUCUAACUGCUUUAACAUCCGGUUCAUGCGGUUUGGCAGACCUUGAGAAACUUUGUGCAGAUUUAGAGUAAAAUUUGAUUAGUUGCAUCACACCACAAACCAAAUGUCGUGCUGUGUGGUUGUUAUCACUGUCAUCAGAUAUGGAGGAAGUAGUGUGCAGCUGCUUGUUGUUACAAUUCUGAAGCUUUAAAUUUGACCAGAAUUGAAGCUGAUAAAUUCAUGGGAAGUUGGCGAUAAUAAUAUGUUUUUUCUUAGUUUAUUCAGGGUAGCACUCACAAGUCUUAAACUUAGGCGUAAUUUGCCGUUAUGAAAUUGUAUUUUUCCAGUUUUCUUGAAUUAAAUUGUAUAAAUGCGAAUAUUAUGGUUUUACUAAGACUAUCUAUGACAGCAGGGGCUGUGAAAAUAUCAACAGUCGAUUAAAAUCUUGAUGAGUAACUUACUAACACUCUGAUCUGCUUGUUUUUUUGUUUUUUGUUUCUUUCUUUCAGAGGAGCGCAGUCUGAGCGGCCUCUGUCAGUGUCUGGUCGAGCUUUCCACGCAGCCAAUCACAGUGUGCCACGGCUUCGCUCCAAGCAUAGACGCCGCUCGGGCUAAUGCAGCCCACAAUGCUUUGCAGUACCUCAAAAUCAUGGCUGGAGGGAAGUGACGCCAUCUGCCUCUUCAAAGACUGAAUGUGUGCGAGGAAUCGUAAGGAUGAGUUUCCACUUUGGAUGAAGGAGGCACUUUAAUUAUGAAUUUACCUCAAAUUUGGAAAUCAAGACUUUUUUUCUGACCCAGAUGAAGCCAUUGGAGACAUUUUUUUGGAUUUUUUUUAAUCAUUGCCAAUGAAGAUGCAGUUGCCCAAAAACUCAUGAAGACACUCUCCAGAAUUAUUAGAGGAUUUCCUUUGUUACGUCUGCCCACCAUCCGCAUGCAGCACUUUUCCCCUAAAAUUAGAAAGACUUUUCCUUAAGCUCAAAAUGCUGCCCUUGCAGUGAGUCUCUGAACGACUGCAGACAAAUUCUGAUGCGACCAAAAAGUUUGAAAAAAAAAGCAAAGUUUGUAGAAAUUGGACUGUGGACUUUGCUGCUCAUUGGUGCUUUGACUAAUCCUUGUGCCAAUGGAUGAACAAGAGACUAAAUUUGAAGCCAAGCACCGAACUGUGGAGAGAAAAAGACUCUGCUGCAUCAAACCCCGGAGGAAAAUUCUUUUAAAGACUUCACUGUUUCCAGAUGAACUUAUUAGGAAAUGAAAAUGUGGAUUUUUUUUUUGUAAUUUGGACCCUAAAAAUUUCAACGAACAUUUUUCAUUUUGGGCCUAAAGACUUCGAUUUUCACCACAUUCCCCUCUUACUCAGAGCCUCAGUUCUCCUCAGCGGAACCUCAACGCGCCCUUUUUUAUCAUGAUGACCUGAAAGGAACUAACCCAACCCAACCUCACUAACUACCAUACUCCUCCAUGUUUCUGAAGUUGAAAUGGAGAGAAGGAUCGGUGGACUGAAAUGGCUAAAACUACAUGAAUUGACUCCCUUUUGUGUGCAUAUUGGCCCCUUUUUGUGAACUUUAUUUGUAAAUCUGUCUUAUCCUAUGUUGUUGUUUUUUUACAUUUACAAAACUAAGUCAGAAUCUUGAUAGUUAAAAAAAUAAUCUACAACAAAUACAUUUAAUACUCCAGUUUUGAUCCCUGUAAUCGUGAAGAUAACACAACGGAGUAUAAAUUUAAUGAUUUGAUAAGCUGUUAUGGUUUUAAUACAUGUCUUUUGGCUCACAGCAUCUCUAUGAAAUAAUCCAUGAAUUAGUUUUACUGUACGACACAUCAGUUUAUAAGUAGCAUCAAAGGUUUUUCUCAUCAUAUUCUUCAAAAAAAUCUGAAAACUCACCCUUCACUUUAGGUAUCAGAAACCACACAAACAAAACAAUUCUUUUUAAUUUGAAAAUCAAACAUACAGAAUGAGUCAAAGCUGGUUGUUUUGAGUGUUGUUUGGUUAUAUUCAGCUUUUUCCAUCACUACCCCUGUGAUGAAACUUGAAAACUGUUAGAUUCUCCUGUUUGUAUUCUCCUUCUACCUCUUUUGUCAUAUCAAGGAUUCAUCGUCACAUACCUCACUUUGUUUGCGUGGAUUGUCUGCGGUACCCUCAUCUUUAACGAGAAUUCAAAACUUAUUCACAGUUUUCAUAAUGUCCUUUAAACAGCCAGCUGACCUUGUUUAAAUACAUCAACUUAACAGUCCCUCUGGCGUCUCCUGGGACAAUCUGCAUCAUCAUGUUCAUCAGAGUACUGAUAAUAAAACUGAAGCCCUGUUUUUUAGUGAACUCUAGGUGCUAACAUCAAUGAAUUUGAAAAAAACGUCUAUAUUGUAGUGGUAGAAAAUGUCGACCAGUUUUGAAAAACAAUUAAUAAAAACGUGAAACUGA